AUGUACGCAGAAGCCCCACAGCAACCCAAGCCUUGGGCAUGGACACCUUUGAUCGAGAGCCGACCUCUCUCAGAAGCAGCAGGAUGUAGAGUCUUCCUCAAGCUGGACAACCUACAACCAUCCGGCUCGUUCAAAUCUCGUGGUGUCGGCAACUACGUCCUACAGCGUGCCGCCGAACGCAUCUCAGCUGCUGGAGUUCCCAAUUCGACACACUUCUAUGCAGCUUCGGGUGGUAAUGCAGGCAUUGCCUGCGUUCACGCUGCUAGAACACUUGGCUAUCCUGCCACUGUUGUUGUACCCAAGAGUGCCAAACCAGUCAUGAUUGCCAAAAUCUGGGCCAUGCACGGUUCUACCAUUGCUGAAGCACAAGAGUACAUUCUCAACACACUUUUGCCUGCGGAUCCAACCGGUGUGUUCGUUCCUCCUUUCGACCACCAGGACAUUUGGGACGGCAAUGCAACUGUGAUGCAGGAGAUUGCAUCUCAACUUGGUGACAAACCCGACGUCAUUGUCUGCAGUGUCGGCGGCGGAGGUCUCCUCAACGGCAUCAUGCAAGAACUAGACCACAAGAAGUGGAACAACGACGUACAGCACGAAAGAAUGAUGGUUGAGCUGACUGUGGGCGUCAACGUCCCUGUCUGCUUUGAUGGCUUCCUACAAAGCCUAUUGGCCAACAAGAAGACAAUUACCAAGAACAGUAAGGUAGUCCUGAUUGUUUGUGGCGGCAACGACAUCUCGCUUGAUAUGCUCAUGGCAUGGCGUAUGGCUAUGGUUGGCAGUGAGACUGUCCAGGAGACCACAUCGAUGACCGCAAGAGUCGGAGCUACUGGAGUAACAGCUUGA